AUGGACGAGACUCAGGCAAAAACAUUAAUAUCGUCAUCGUCGACAUCUUCGUACGAGUCAGAAACCGAUGAGCUGCAGCGUUUAGAGCACGCGCCGCCGUUUUGGAGGAGCCAAAAAAGGCUAUCAAAGCAGCUGUCAAUGUGCGAGACACCCCGUGAUAUCGCCUGGGAGAAGCGGCGCCGCCAGAGUCUCCUUCAAGAGCGACGGAAGAGCGGGAUCAACGACCGGGACGACUUGACCGACGAGGACCUGAAUGAGUUGAAAGGGUCCAUAGAGCUAGGGUUUGGGUUCAAGGAAGAAGAAGGACAAAGGUUAUGCAGCACAUUACCAGCCCUUGACCUAUAUUUUGCGGUUAAUCGGCAGCUUUCGCCGAGCCCCAUCUCAACUCCGGACAGUAGAGGCUCGUCGGUGUCGCUCGGAGGUUUGUCCACGUCGCUUGGACGGAGGUCUACGUCUUUUGAAAGCCCUAAGAGCGAUGAGUCAUGGAAGAUUUGUAGUCCAGGUGAUGAUCCUCAACAGGUGAAGACUAAGUUGAGGCAUUGGGCUCAAGCCGUUGCAUGUUCUGUGAUGCAAUCCCAUUAA